AUGGCGUAUCCGGCGAUGAAACCAUCGAGUUUGCCAGAGGAUAAGAUCGAAGUCGUUAAUGAUACACAUGGAAACAAUAUCGACCCAAUCGCCGAGAAGAAGCUACUUCGCAAGUGCGACCUUCGCGUUCUUCCACCUCUGUUUCUUCUAUUCCUCUUAGCGUUUCUGGACCGUGUCAACAUUGGCAAUGCGAGGAUACAGGGGCUGGUCGAAGACCUCGACAUGACAGGUCCGCUGGCUUAUCGCUAUAAUAUCGCCUUGUUCAUAUUCUUCGUUCCCUACAUCCUCUUCGAGGUGCCGUCAAACCUAAUCUUGAAGAAACUCAAGCCUUCAACAUGGCUCAGCUUGAUCAUGGUACUCUGGGGUGUCUCAACCGUCGGGAUGGGGCUCGUGAACAACUUCGAGGGCCUGGUAGCCAUGCGCAUCCUCCUAGGCUUCUUUGAAGCUGGAUUGUUUCCCGGUUGCGUAUACCUCAUCUCGAUGUACUAUAAGCGUUAUGAACUCCAGUGGCGCCUCACACUAUUCUUUACUGCGAGCAUCAUCGCUGGUGCAUUUGGCGGCCUCCUCGCAUUCGCUAUUGCUAAGAUGGACGGCAUCGCAGGCUACGGAGGGUGGCGAUGGAUCUUCAUUAUCGAAGGCAUCGUAACUGUUGCGGCUGGUGUCAUUACGAAGUUCUGGGUCACGGACUGGCCCGAGGAGGCGAAGUUUCUCAACGACGAAGAGCGAGCCCUUCUCAUAGCACGACUCAGCGCCGAUACCGGUGAUGCUGUGAUGAAUAGAUUGGACAAGAAGGCGGCGAAGAGGAUCUUCUCUGACCCUAAAAUUUAUCUAGGGACCGCUGCAUACUUCGGUAUUGUCAACACGGGAUACGCAGGGUCGUUCUUCACCCCAACCAUCGUCAAAGAACUCGGUUACACUUCCGCCGCGGCCCAAGUACGAUCCAUACCCAUCUUUGUUGUAGCAACCAUCACUGCAGUCAUAACAGCAUGGUUAACCGACCGCCUCCGCCAUCGCUACUGGUUCUGCAUCUUCGGUCUUGUCGUUGCAUCGAUCGGUUACAUUAUGCUCCUCGCGCAAGAAAAUCUCUCAGCUGGCGUAAAGUACUUUGCCCUCUUCCUCAUCGUACCUGGUGGUUACAUUACUCAGCCUAUCGUGCUCGUUUGGAUGUCAAAUCUUGUGUCUGGACACUACAAGCGUUCCGUCAGUUCCGCGAUGCAAGUCGGGUUCGGAAACCUGGGAGGUAUCGUGGCGAGCAAUGUCUUUCUGCAGAGUGAAAUGCCAACCUACCGGACGGGAUAUGGAGUUAGUUUGGGUAUGCUGUGGAUUUGUGGUGCCGCUUGCACGGCGCUCUUCUUCUUGGUCAAAUGGGAGAAUGCGAAGAGGGAGAGGGGUGAGAGGGAUGGAAGGCUGCAAGAAGUGGAUGCUGAUAACUUGGGUGAUGACCAUCCGAUGUUUAGGCUCACAUCCUGA